AUAGCCCCCCGCCCUCGCAGCCGGGCCCCGCCCCCUCCCCCAGGCCCUCUCCAGCAGUCCAGGGAAGGGACGGCGGGACAAGCCGGACGCGCGGGAGGGCGGACGGGGCGGGGACAUGGCCGCGGCGCCCGGAGGGUCUGCGCCGCCCGCCGGCCCCGGCCCGCGCCUGGCUUUCAGCACCGCGGACAGCGGCGUCGGCAUGAGCGGGCUGAACCCAGGUCCCGCGGUGCCCAUGAAGGACCUGGACGCCAUCAAGCUCUUCGUGGGCCAGAUCCCGCGCCACCUGCACGAACAGGACCUCAAGCCGCUGUUCGAGCAGUUCGGCCGCAUCUACGAGCUGACGGUGCUCAAGGACCCGCACACCGGCGUGCACAAAGGCUGUGCCUUCCUCACCUACUGCGCCCGGGACUCUGCUCUCAAGGCCCAGAGUGCACUGCAUGAACAGAAGACCCUGCCAGGGAUGAAUCGUCCGAUCCAAGUGAAGCCGGCUGCCAGUGAGGGCCGAGGAGAGGACCGGAAGCUGUUUGUGGGGAUGUUGGGCAAGCAGCAGGGUGAGGAGGAUGUCAGACGUCUGUUCCAGCCCUUCGGCCAUAUCGAGGAGUGCACUGUCCUGCGGAGUCCUGAUGGUACCAGUAAAGGCUGUGCCUUUGUGAAAUUCGGGAGUCAAGGGGAAGCUCAAGCUGCCAUCCAGGGACUGCAUGGUAGCCGGACAAUGACGGGCGCCUCAUCCAGCUUGGUGGUAAAGCUGGCAGACACCGACCGCGAGCGCGCGCUACGGAGGAUGCAGCAAAUGGCUGGCCAGCUGGGCGCCUUCCAUCCAGCGCCUCUGCCUCUCGGAGCCUGUGGCGCCUACACCACUGCGAUCCUGCAACACCAGGCAGCAUUGCUGGCGGCGGCGCAGGGUCCCGGGUUAGGCCAGGUGGCCGCGGUGGCCGCCCAGAUGCAGCACGUAGCGGCCUUCAGCCUGGUGGCUGCACCACUAUUGCCUACAGCAGCCAACACGUCACCUGGUGGCAGUGGCCCUGGUGCACUCCCCGGCCUUCCAGCGCCCAUGGGGGUCAAUGGAUUCGGCUCCUUGACCCCCCAGACCAACGGACAGCCAGGCUCCGAUACACUGUAUAACAACGGGCUUUCCCCUUACCAAGCCCAGAGCCCCGGUGUGGCUGACCCCCUGCAGCAGGUCUACGCCGGGAUACACCACUAUGCAGCAGCCUAUCCCUCGGCCUACGGCCCAGUGAGCACAGCUUUCCCCCAACAGCCUUCAGCUCUGCCUCAACAACAAAGAGAAGGCCCCGAAGGCUGUAACCUCUUCAUCUAUCACCUGCCUCAGGAGUUUGGGGAUGCAGAACUCAUACAGACAUUCCUGCCCUUCGGAGCCGUUGUCUCUGCCAAAGUCUUUGUGGAUCGUGCCACCAACCAGAGCAAGUGUUUUGGGUUUGUUAGUUUUGACAAUCCAACCAGUGCCCAGACUGCCAUCCAAGCCAUGAAUGGCUUUCAAAUCGGCAUGAAGAGGCUCAAGGUCCAGCUAAAGAGACCUAAGGAUGCCAACAGGCCUUACUGAUCUGCACUCACUGAUCAGUCACAGACAGAAACUGAAGAGUGAGAAGGAAGGAAAAAGAAAAGCACAGAAACGCUGGAGCGGCCCUACCGGAAGGAGUGGCGGCAGACGGAAGUGGACCGGACCCAGGGCUGGCGCCUGGGGCUCAGGCCACUCAUCAUGUGGGUUGUUCCACGGAGCGCUCAAGCUGGCAGGGUGACCAGUGCUGGCUGAGGACCGACUGGUCUAAGGGAACCAGCAGAGGGCCUGGGGGUGCCAAGGGCUUCUCCACAAGGGAGCCCAGACUUGCUUCGUUCAAAAUCAUAUCAUUCCUUAGUGUUUAGGGACCAAAGGACUAUUGCUUUUUUUUAAGAAUAUAUAUAUAUCUAUAUAAAUUUAAACAAAGAAGAGAAAACAGAAGAGAGACAAAAAUGAUAGUAUAGAGUCUCAUAAAAGCGGCCUUUAAAUACCCCUAGGAGACAGGGUGAAGGAGACCCUUGAUAGCCCAGCCUAGGCAGAGGAGGCUGUGGAAAGAUGUCCUGUGUCUCAUUCCUUCUGAAGCUACUUCCUUACCCUGCCAUUUAAAAAAAAUGGAAAAGGAUGUGAAGUCUAGACUCAUAUUCCAGCAAGAAGAGGGUUAUGGAAGCAGUGAACCCACAAUCCCCAAACUCCGACAGUAUCCCUGAUGAGGCUUCAAGAGGAGCUCAGGCCUGCUCUGCCUUCUGCUCUCCAGGGAGGGCCCCAGCCAUCAGAAUGGGAACCUGCCUUUCCUUCCCGAUGCUCUUUCCUGCGGAGCCCCAGCCUCCCCAGGCAGGAAGAAAGAGGGAGCCUUUGCCUUCCCAGCCCAGGCAGACCGAGGCCGCGCCUUGGCUGAGCUGAGACACCUCCUGUUUCCCUUCCUCUUGCGACUGCCCCAGUGUCCCCUAGCUCCAGACCACCUUCUGUCUCUUAGUCAGUCUGCCCACCUGUAAAGUAGACUCAAGAUAUAUGUAGAGGGCUGUGACAAUGGAUACGGAAGGUCUGCUGCUGUAAAUACUGCCUUUGAGAAGGGGAUAAUUUUCACUUUGUAGAAGCUUCAGAAUUAGAGGUCCCUCUUUACCCAGGACCCAGGAGGGAAGUAGAUGUUUUGCCAAAAUACUAAUUCAUUCCUUUAAAGAGUACAUCUUUCCUAUGCAAGUGUGUCUCACAUGUGCUUACCCAAGGUGCUUUUAGAUGGUGAGCAGUGUUCAGCUUAGAAGUGGUGUGUGCUCUGUCUGUCUGUCCUUGUCUGUCUGUUGUAUACAGUGGGUGCCAUAUAAAGCUGAUCAACAGUGGUGCUUCCUGCCUGCUUCUGUGAGAUGGGCAAAGAUUCAGCUUAGAACACCACAGUUCACCUUGCCUUGACCAGCCCUUCCUGGGCCUGUGAGGCCUAGGACACAUUUUUUUUCCCUGAGGGAAUAAUUUACAUUCCCACCCCUAAGUCAUGGAUUAACCUAGUUCAAAGCUCCACAGAAUGGGGCUACUCUGGUCCAACACUGGAGGUCUGCCAUCUGAUAACACUGGGACAGUGAAGGAUGUGGGUGGAAAAGAGAAUAAUGCCCUCCAGGCACUUUCUAAGAAAACCUGUUUCCACCUGGUCCUCUGUCUUUGAAUGGUUUUUGGAAGUAAUGAGAAUUAAAACUAGAUUUGUCAACCACAUUACCAGGUUAGCUGUGGUUUACAUCCACAAAUAAUUGCCAGCUGGGAGAGGAGCUGAUGUGGAGGCACAUAUACACCAGCAUGGUGCUAACCCACAGAUGAGUGCCUUGGGUACAGGUGGAGAUAUGCAACAUCUGCCCAUUCAAACAAAGAGAUAUUCAUGGGCCUAGGGACACAGCUCAGACAAUACAGUGUUUACCUUGUGUGCCCAAGGUCCUGAGGUCAAUUUAUCAGAACUCACAUUCAAACAAACAAGCAAACAAACAAACAGGCAUGCACUUGUAACCUCAGCACUCAACAGAGACAAGUGGAUCUGUGAGGUCCACUGGUCAGCCAUCCUAGCCAAACUGGUGAGUUCGAGGACAAUGAGGGACUCUAUCUCAAAACAGCUAAGCAAUGAUAGCUGAAGUUGUACUCUGGUCUCUGCAUAUAUGUGCACAUGCACAGGCAUGCACAGAAACACACUUCAGGUGUUCACCUAAAAGCAGACCAUUCUCUCAGUGCUAGAUGCUAAGCACUGUUCUAGGGCUCAGGCUACUACCAAGUAGCAGGAGUUAAGAGGAAACACAGACUAUUAAAGCACAUAUGAUAGAGGGACGUGUAUGGUCUAUAGCAAGAAAACUACUAACCGAGGCCUAACGUUGGGCAAUCUAAGAAAGUCUUCCUUAAGGUUAAGGUGCAGAGUCAUCAGGAAGGAACUGGGAUAUUCAAACAAAGUCUUUGAGGAAAUGCAUAAUUUUGAGAAGGUGUUUAUAGCCAAGAAAUAAUAAUCACUUAUUUCAGAUUCUAUUACUUUACAAAUAAGUCAAGACCCUUUUACCGUUUCUAACUCUACCCUGAACCUUAACUCAGUACUGAGUCAUGUCAAGGCAUUUGAAACAAUAUGGAACUUACUUUAUUUCAUACUGUAGGGUAUGAGUGAGGGAUUGGCAAAUUCUAGAUCCCCAAGCUGCAGGUGUUGAAGAGUUGUCCAGACAAAAUGAUGAUACAGAGCCAUAUGUGGCUCACAAAGCUUAAAGCAUUUAUCUGGUCCCAUAGACCCUUGGUAAGGUAAUGGAAGACUUGUAGAAUGUUGAGUUUGAGCAACAUAGUGUUGUGUCUUUGUUUGUGUGUUCAUGUAAUAGUCUGGCCCUUUUCAAUUGCAAGUACCAAAACCUAAACACAAACAUCUUUAGGUCAUUAGGAAAUUAAAUAGCUUGCAUAAACAAUUGGUCAAAGGAUAAAUUCCUGCCUCUAAGCAUUGCUGGGUCUAGGGCUUUAAAUGAUGAUGUCUCUACCUCUUUAUUCCACUUCCUUUUAUAUGUUGAUCUCACUACUUCUAGCUCUAAAAUCCUAAGGAAGACUUUCCUCAGCCUUGAGCAUGUGCAUACCUCUAAGAUAGAAAACUGGGCCAUUUUCCCAGGUCUGUGAGGAAGGUGAGAAACACCUCAGCAAAGGGAAAGAUAAUCAACAGAUGAGCAGGUUCCACCUAGCACAUUUUACCUUUUAUUGCACCUAAACUUUUAUUGACAAACAUACACUUCCCAAACCGUGUCUGGCUAACUGUAAUAAUCCUGGGUCCAAUUGAAGCAUACACAGUCAUUUUCUGUGUAUAUGAGAGACAAAGCAGUUAUGUACACAAUUGCUUUACCCAGUCUUGAUCCCCAAGUGAUAUCUGAUUCUUGAUCAGGUCCAGAUGUGUCCUGAAGAUUUUGCAGUAUGUGGCCAAAAGGCCUGAUUUUUCACCCCUACAAUAACUAAUAUAAAAUAAUGGAGAGAGACAGCUGGGUGGUGG